AUGGCCGUCAAGUUGGAUUCUGCAGGUACGCAUGUUGUGCGUAAGGCUGGAGAAGCCGAAGUAGCUAGCUGCGUCGCCGGCAUCAUAGAAGCUUUCACAAAUGGAUUGAACAUCUUCAGGAGGUUGCGCGAGAGAAGAAAAAAGCGCAAGACGCGCAAAGAGCCUGACAAGCCUGAUCCGACGGGCACGGCCGAGCAUCAGCUCUCCAAAAGCUUGCGCAGAGGGCCCGAAGAGGUUGCCGAGAGCUAUGCUGAAUACUACUUUAGCGGUCUAGGGCCGCGCUUCGCAAAGGGCGAUUCAAUUGCACAUGCCUCCCUUGCAGAGACACUCAUCAAGUUGAACACUGGACUUGUAGCCAUCAUCGCAACCUUCCUGAAUCAUGACAGCAAAGGUGGAAAAGGCCAGCUAGAUCUAGACUACAAAGCCUUGACCCACCUCUCCGAUGCAUCACGUCGCGAAGCCAUACACAGCCUCACGCAGCUAUAUCACCGACUAAGCCAAUCGCAGCUACAACUUAACAUUGCUGCUCCACCAUGUCCCCGAUGCGGGACUAGCAAACACCAUGACUGCUCAUCUCGGAGUGCCAGCCCAGAAAAGGUGAAGAGGAAGCACUCGAGCUCCUCGCGCCAGCGAUCCUCUGGCCAUGUAGUAACACGCAUGCCCAUCAGACACGGGAGCUCAAACCAACCCCAGCUUGUCGUCAUGAGGCCCAAGACCACUCGUAAGAGCAGCUCAUCGGGCAAUAGUUCGGGCGCGGUGAAGUCUGCUUCACACUCGGUCAAGUCUCCCUCAAGCUCGCGCGACAAUUCCCCAAUGGCCUCUCCUCAACUCAAGAAGCUCCAGAUGGCACCACAGCUGCCCUUGUACGUACCAGUUGAGCCUUUUGAGCUUGAACGCGGUAGUGCUACAAAGAGCAAGCCGGAAGGCGGUGCAUCAAAGAAGAGCAGUAGCAAGCCACGGGUCGAUUCCUUCGACGAUUCUCGAUCACCAUCAUGGACCGAAUAUCCGUACAUGCUUCCUAAAUCAUCAACGCCAAAGCCAUCGUCACCGAAGCCAUCACCAGAGAAGCACAUUCACGAACCCACCCCCAAGCUUCCAAGCUUCACGUCCACACCUCGCCGCUCCUCAACACCUAUCGAAGUCAAGCCUCCUGUCCCAUCGAAGCCCGCACAUCUCUCACCAGAACCCGUCUUUCCCUCGCCAGCGACCCUCGCUUUCCGUCGUCGCCUAGACAAGGUCACCCCAUCGAGCUACACGUUCGCAUCUGAUAGCACAAAGAUGGGAGAGAUACCGCAGAGGAAUUGGUACAAGCCAUUCGACUACGAAGAAGCUGAACGUCUGAAUGCUGAGGCGGCCAUCAACGGCUAUCCCAAUGCACCUACAGGUGCCGAGAAUAAGACGGAGAAGAAAAAGAAGCGUUUUGGCUUCAUGCGUCGGGACGCAUGA